AUGUUCGCUGGGCAGUUCUCCUCCUCGUCAGCGGGGAGGAAUCAUCCGCCUGCACCGUCGUCUACCACAACGACGACGACGACUGCAUCCACUUCCGCUUCCCAGCAUCUCAGCGCCUCCAGCGCGACGCGCGGACAGCACUCCCAAUCCCCCAACACAUCCAUAUCCGGGGUGCCGCAGCUCCCAAACAUCGCGCAGCAUGCCCCGGCUGCACCCCCAUCAUCGGCCUCACCACCUCAACUGCAUCAGACCCUUCCCAGCGAGGAUCAGGAGCGCCACGUCUCGGAAGCGCGCGCAGCUGUCGUCGCAUCCAUCGGGAACAUGCUCGACGGCGAGCUGCAGACGCGCGCCCGCAUGCUGCACUCUAACGCUGCGGCGCUGGAUAAGCAGGAGCGGGAUGUCAUGAAUGCGACGGAGGCGCUGCGCAAGGAAAACGACAAGCUGGCGCGGUUCGCAGGGGACGCGGCGCGUCGGGUCAAGGAGCUAGGCAACGUGCAGAACUGGGCCGAGGUUCUCGAGAGGGACUUCCUGGUGCUCGAGGAGACGUUUCGGCUGGUGAGAGAGGGGAGCUGCGGGAGUGAUUGCGAGAGCUGUGGGAGUGGGAGUUGGAGUGGAAGCGGGAGCUGGAGCGGGAGCGAGGUCGGUGAUGGUGAGAAUGAUGGGAGGACGGGGAAGGAGAAUGGCGGUAAGAGUUUGGAUAAGGGGAAGAUGAAGUUGUGUCAGGAUGGGUUUGAUGCCGAGGCGAUGGAGGUCGAUGGGGAUCAUGGGGACUGCUCAGAGAGUAUGACUGAAGCCGACUCAAGCGAAGGCACUGAGGGGCGGGCGAAGGGGUCAGAGACGACGUCGAUUUCAACCUUUUGA